AUGGCACUCCCGCUCACCUUGCUUGCCUUCGGGCUCGGCGCCGCUGCGCACUCCGGCAUGAGCAACAUCAAGAAUGUGGUCGUGUUGGUGCAAGAGAACCGCUCCUUCGACACCCUUGCCGGUGGCUUAACCUACAACCCCAACAUUGACGGUCUGGUUAACAGAUCAUACUGCAAUCCGGCCAAUGUGUCCGUGGCGAAUUCCCACCCGGUUUGCGCGGCUGGCACCGCCAAGAAUAUCGCCAAAGAUGACCCCGAUCACAGCAUCACGGGCGGGAACAUGCAGGUUUUUGGUAACUACCAUCCUGCUCCUAAUGCCGAGUCCUCCAUGAACGGCUUUGUCACCGAACAGAGUGCCUACUACGACCUGGAGGGCAAAAUGAUGGAGGCUGCCGAGGUGAUCAACUACUACCAGCCCGACAUGGUGCCCGUCACCAAUGCAAUGGCGGAGAACUUUGUGCUGUUCGACCGCUGGUUCGCCUCGAUUCCCGGACCGACAGACCCCAACCGUGCGUAUUUGACGUCAGGUACUUCACAUGGACACGGCACCAACGACGAGGAUUUCUAUGAUUCCAAGCUACCCCAGAAGUCAAUCUUCCAGCAGUUGUCUGAGAACAACAUCAGCUGGAUCAACUACCAAAACACCACAAACUUGGGGAGCUCGAGUUUCCUACCCGAUUCAUUGUUCUAUGAAUGGACCCAUAAGUCUGGCAAGGGAAAGACGAAUGUCUUGCCUAUUGACCGUUUCUAUGAGGAUGCCAAAGCAGGAAAGCUACCGCAGUUUACUUGGAUCAACCCGGAGUGCUGUGACUACAUGUCUAUGCACCCCAAAUCCCCGAUCAACAUGGGCGAGAACUUCAUGAAGGGGAUCUAUGAGGCCAUUCGCAACUCGCCGCAGUGGAAAGAUACUCUGUUCAUUGUGACGUGGGACGAACACGGAGGCUUUGCAGACCAUGUUCCUCCGCCGACUGGAGUGCCUCCUGGCGACAACCUGCCUUACGUCGAACAAGCCCCCGAUGGCAAGAAUUACACCUUCCACUUUGAUCGCCUGGGCAUUCGCGUGCCCACUAUGUUGAUUUCUCCAUGGGUCGAGAAGGGCGUAGUUCAGAACAAGCCCAGCUCAGGGGAGAACGAGUUCACCCACACCUCCAUUCUCAAGUUUGUUUCCGAGCUUUGGGGUCUGGAGACCCUGACUCCACGCGUGGAUUGGUCGCCCUCCUUCAGCAAUUUGAUCACCAACACUUUCCGUCAUGAUGCGCCGGAAAAGCUCCCCAAUGCGGCCGGCUAUUAG